UGUUGAAGAAGGAAAAUGCGGAAGUCGCCAUUUGUCAAGUUUUGUAAAUGAGAAUUAUUUGAAGCUCAGGAAUAAGUGAAGCUGAAAUUUGAAAGAAAGAGAAAGUGAAUGCAUGCUAAUUAUCAGACCAGAAGUCCCACUUGUAGAAUAUUGAGCAAUUUGUGUGGAGUGGGGAAGAUGAAAGAAGUCAGAAUUUGAAACGGAAGAAUGAAGAAAAGGAAUAAAAAUGAAGUUAAGCUCAGAAGUAAUCUGGAAUCUGAAAGCACUACGCUAAGUAAUUACUAGUCUGUUUAUGUGUCCCUGUAUAUUUUGCUAAACAUGCAUGCAUUAUCUGUUUAACAGCCAAGUACAUGCAGGGUAAAGCCUUCCAGGAAAAAAAAAACCUCCUUAAAAAGCCUCGGCAGUGCUCGUGCCACCUGCCCGGACACAUAGCUAGCACUGUUUGCCAUUGAUCUCACUGCAGCUUGUUUGCAGCCCCCAGGGGAAGGAGGAAUUGGGUACAAAUUUAGGCUCUCAAUGUCUGCGUGCAGGAAUCCCGUUCUGCUUCCAGAAGCGGAAGUGCUCAUGGGUCUGGGAAGUCUGGGAGGCACAGCCCUGCGAGAUCGCGCUCUAAGGAGGACUCCAGGCGCUCCAGGUCCAAAUCUAGAUCCAGGUCUGAAUCCAGGUCUAGGUCAAGGAGGAGCUCCCGCAGACACUACACCAGGUCCCGCUCCCGUUCCCGCUCCCACAGGAGGUCCAGGAGCAGAUCCUACAGUCGGGAUUAUCGGCGCCGCCACAGCCACAGCCACUCCCCCAUGUCCACCCGCAGGAGGCACAUUGGGAACAGGGCAAAUCCCGACCCCAACUGUUGCCUUGGUGUGUUUGGCUUGAGCCUGUACACCACAGAAAGAGACCUGAGAGAGGUGUUCUCCAAGUAUGGCCCCAUUGCUGAUGUUUCCAUCGUGUAUGACCAGCAGAGCCGACGUUCCAGAGGCUUUGCCUUCGUCUACUUUGAGAACGUGGAGGAUGCCAAGGAGGCCAAGGAACGUGCCAAUGGGAUGGAGCUGGAUGGCAGAAGGAUCCGGGUGGACUUCUCCAUAACAAAAAGACCUCACACACCUACUCCUGGAAUCUACAUGGGAAGACCCACUUAUGGCAGCUCACGCCGACGAGAUUACUACGACAGAGGCUAUGACAGAGGCUACGAUGAUCGUGACUACUACAGCAGGUCAUACAGAGGAGGAGGUGGUGGUGGAGGAGGAGGCUGGAGAGCUGUGCAGGACAGAGAUCAGUUCUACAGGAGGAGGUCACCGUCCCCCUACUACAGCCGAGGGGGCUACAGGUCCCGCUCCAGGUCUCGCUCCUACUCCCCUCGUCGCUAUUAAAGCCUGUGACCCAGAGGAGUUUGCAGCCACAGCCUUGGAGUGGAGAGUGCAAGUUUGUGGGCAAUAUUUUCUAUGGUCUCUUGUGUUGAAACACGUGACAGUGCCUAGUGACUAGGUGACUUAGACACCUUUCUGAGGACAGACUCUGUGGUGGUCAAUGCUGUCUCAUCCUGCAUAAUUGUGUAGUUUGGUGCUUUGUUUCCAGUUGUGCUUGGAGAGGACUGUGUUUUUUGCAUGUUAUUUUUUUAGGCUCCACUUUGACUCCCCAAAGGUUUCUAUUGUAAAGACAAAAACUGUUCAGUUAGUUUUUUCUACUGAUUCCAAGUUAUUCCCAAGAUCCAAACCUGUGUAAAAUCCUUUC